GUGGGCGAAGGCGGGCGGUGCCCGGCUGGACGCGGCGGGCGGGAGCGUGGGGCAGAGCCCGCGGGACCGCCGGGGCGCUCCGGGAGCGGGGUGAGGUUACAGAGCCCGCCCCGGCCUGCGGGAAAGGUCCAGACCCUUCCUGCAGCACCGCUACUGGCUCCCCGCUAGCGGGAAACCAGCGGGGUGGUUUCCCUCGCCGUCUGUGCUCGGCGUCGGUGCGGGGCUGCUUUUGACGUCACGCACGGUAGUAUCCAGCAGUGACAACGUUGAAGCUUGCGCUGCAGUCACUGCCACGGAUCUGUGAAAUUUGCUGUUGCACAGCUAUGUCUUAACCGAAGACAUCUUCGUUUUGAUGUCCCCUUCUGGAUGUGGUAGGAUAUAGCUAAUGAUAGCUAGGGAGAUAUUUGAUCAUGCAUCAUCUCCUGAGAUAGCUACGCGGAAGGGAUAUUCUAGAAAAGUGAAGUUGGAAGAUCUCUGUGAUCAAGAGAAGCAUAAACAUGUUGUGCUGGGGAAAUGCAUCUUUUGGACAGCUUGGAUUGGGUGGAAUUGAUGAAGAGAUUGUUUUAGAACCCAGAAAAAGUGACUUUUUCUUAAAUAAAAGGGUCAGAGAUGUAGGAUGUGGACUGAGACAUACUGUUUUUGUCCUGGAUGAUGGGACUGUUUAUACAUGUGGAUGCAAUGAUCUAGGACAACUAGGGCAUGAAAAAGCCAGGAAAAGACCCGAGCAUGUUGGUGCACUGGAUGCCCAAAAUAUUGUAGCUGUGUCAUGUGGCGAAGCCCACACUCUUGCAUUAAAUGACAAAGGUCAGGUGUAUGCUUGGGGUCUGGCUACUGAUGGACAGCUUGGCUUGCCAGGAACAGAGGAAUGCAUCAGAGUGCCCAGAAAUAUUAAAAGCUUGUCAGAGAUACAAAUUGUUCAAGUUGCUUGUGGUUAUUGUCACUCGCUAGCACUCUCAAAAGGAAGUGAAGUGUUUUCCUGGGGACAAAAUAAAUAUGGCCAACUGGGCUUAGGUUACGAGUAUAAAAAACAAAACUCCCCACAUGUGAUUAAAUCUUUGCUGGGAAUCCCUUUUGCACAGAUUGCAGCAGGAGGAGCUCAUAGUUUUGUACUGACUCUUUCUGGAGCCAUUUUUGGAUGGGGACGCAACAAAUUUGGGCAGCUGGGUCUUAAUGAUGACAAUGACAGAUACGUUCCUACGUUGUUAAAGUCACUGAGAACGCAGAAAGUUGUUCAUAUAUGUUGUGGAGAAGAUCAUACUGCUGCCCUUACAAAGGAAGGUGGGGUUUUUACAUUUGGAGCUGGAGGCUAUGGUCAGUUGGGUCAUAACUCUACCAGCCAUGAGAUAAACCCAAGGAAAGUUUUUGAACUCAUGGGAAGUGUUGUCACGCAAAUCACUUGUGGCAGGCAGCACACUACUGCGUUUGUUCCUUCAUCUGGAAGAAUUUAUUCUUUUGGACUCGGAGGUAAUGGGCAAUUAGGUACAGGAACGACCAGUAACAGGAAGAGUCCCUUCACAGUAAAAGGAAACUGGCUUCCUUAUAGUACUCAAUGCCCGAUAACCACAGACAGUGAGGAGUGUUAUUGUGUAAAGAGAAUUUUCUCUGGUGGGGACCAAAGUUUUGCACACUACUUUUAUCCACAGAACAUGGUGCCACCAGAUGAUUUUAGGUAUCCUGACUUUUUGAAGCAGAUUUGGACUGUGAAUGAAACGUUUAUUCAAAGAUUGCUGACUUUCCCAUCUGGAAGACUUCCCGUGGAGAUAGCUAAUGAAAUUGAUGGAACGUUCUCCUCAGCUGGGUGCCUGAAUGGGAGCUUUUUGGCUUUGAGCAAUGAUGAUCAUUACAAAACCAGUGCUAGAUUCUCAGGGGUUGAUAUGAAUGCUGCUAGACUACUAUUUCACAAACUUAUACAGCCUGACCACGCUCAUAUAUCGCAACAGGUGGCAGCUAGUUUGGAAAAGAACCUUAUUCCCAAAUUGACCAGCUCCUUACCAGAUGUUGAAGCUUUGAGGCUGUAUCUCACUCUACCAGAAUGCCCACUGAUGAGUGAUCCAAACAAUUUCACAACGUUAGCUAUUCCUUUUGGAACAGCUAUUCUGAACCUAGAAAAAGCUCCUCUGAAAGUUCUUGAAAAUUGGUGGUCUGUACUUGAACCUCCGUUGUUCCUCAAGAUAGUGGAACUCUACAAGGAUGUCGUAGUCCACCUCUUGAAGCUGUGCAAGAUUGGCGUUCCGGCUUCUGAAAGAAGAAUACUUACCAAUUUUCUACACACGGCUUUUAGAGUUCUGGAAAUACUGCAUAGAGUAAAUGAAAGAGGACAAGUUAUACAGUAUGACAGAUUUUACAUUCAUGAGAUACAAGAUCUGAUCGAUAUCAGAAAUGACUAUUUCAGCUGGGUCCAGCAGCAGCAGCAGGUAUUUGGAAUGGAUGUCAACCAUGGAUUAACUGAGUUAACAGAUAUUCCUGUUACAAUUUGCACAUAUCCAUUUGUAUUUGAUGCCCAGGCAAAGACAACUCUCCUACAAACAGAUGCAGUCAUACAGAUGCAGAUGGCUGUUGAUCAGGCUCACAGGCAGAACUUGUCUUCUCUCUUUCUGCCCGUAUUUGAAUCUGUCAACCCAUGCCUGAUAUUAAUGGUACGGAGAGACAAUAUUGUAGGAGAUGCUGUGGAAGUCCUAAGGAAAACAAAGAACGUGGACUACAAGAAGCCACUCAAGGUUAUUUUUGUAGGGGAAGAAGCUGUUGAUGCUGGAGGCGUUCGCAAAGAAUUUUUUUUGCUCAUCAUGAGGGAGUUGCUAGAUCCCAAAUAUGGAAUGUUCAGGUAUUACGAAGAGUCCAGGCUGAUCUGGUUCUCUGAUAAGACCUUUGAAGACAGUGACUUGUUUCAUUUGAUUGGUGUUGUCUGUGGGCUAGCAAUAUAUAAUUUUACUAUUGUAGACCUUCAUUUCCCUUUGGCUUUGUACAAAAAGCUAUUGAAUAAGAAGCCAUCCCUGGAUGACUUGAAAGAGUUGAUGCCGGAUGUUGGCAGGGGAAUGCAACAGUUACUGGACUAUCCAGAGGAUGACAUAGAAGAAGCAUUUUGUCUUAAUUUUACUAUCACUGUGGAAAACUUUGGUACAACAGAAACUAAAGAGCUUGUUCCUAAUGGUGCUGACAUUCCCGUAGUCAAACAAAACAGGCAAGAUUUUGUAGAUGCAUAUGUGGAUUACAUCUUCAAUAAAUCUGUGGAUUCCUUAUUCAGUGCAUUCUACACAGGCUUCCACAAAGUAUGUGGUGGUAAAGUUCUUCAGCUCUUUCAGCCUAGCGAGUUGCAAGCAAUGGUGAUUGGCAACACAAAUUAUGACUGGAAAGAACUGGAGAAGAAUACAGAAUACAAAGGAGAAUACUGGGCAGACCAUCCUACAAUUAAAAUAUUCUGGGAGGUUUUUCAUGAGUUAUCUUUGGAAAAGAAAAAACAGUUUUUGUUGUUUCUGACGGGCAGUGAUCGUAUUCCAAUUCUUGGAAUGAAGUGUCUUAAACUAGUCAUCCAACCAACAGGAGGCGGAGAAGGUUAUCUUCCGGUAGCUCACACUUGCUUUAAUCUUCUUGAUCUUCCAAAAUACACAGAUAAAGAAACCCUAAAAUCUAAGUUGAUCCAGGCUAUAGAUCACUACGAAGGUUUCAGUUUAGUAUAACUUCAGAAAUGAGAGUUCUGUGUAACGUGGGAUCAUUAAACUAACUCUUUGUGUCUUUCUUGUGGUGGUAAAUUCAGUGGAUUAAAUGAUGGAGUGAUAAUAUAGCUGAUUAUUUGCGAAAACGUUUGGUGGUACGGUUAUUCAUGGGAGCCAAAAAACACUUACAAAAAUGAGGAACUGUCUUAAUACAUACAUUCUUGUACAGAACCAUGUGGAUUUUGCCAUCUUACAAUAAAAAUGAGAGUAUUGUGAAUGGGAGUCAAGUUUCACUAACAUGAAUUAACACUUCACCUUAUGCAAACAAUUUGGCGUGGGAGUGCAUGAGAGACUUGCUUAAGUUUUUCAGAUCACUUAGUAAGAACAUUUAACUUUUUCCCUGAUAAAUUCACUUGGUAACUUUUCAUUUUGUAAAUAAUAAAUUUUUGUGAUAAAAUAAUUAUGUUCCAAUAGCAGUAUGGUUUCUAUUGCUUGUAAUUGAAUAUGAGCUUAUUUUAUGGCUUUUAACAAAAAAGUGACUACUCUGAUUUCUGAAGAUAUAUUUUUCUGGUUUGUUUUAAGAACCUUAAUAAUGAAAGUGAUUGUUUAAGAGACAUUCAUCUUCACAAUGUACAAUCCAUGAAGCAGUCACUUAGUGCCGAUACGAAACUGCAUACAAUGGCAUUUUUAAUAUGUGGAUGGACAAGCUGACUUAAUACAGGGUUUUAUUUUUAAGGACUGAUUCUGUAAUUAAGUGGACACAAUUAUAAAAGAGGUUUAAUUUAUCACUUGAAACCUCUGCAGCCAUAUGUCAAGAAUACAGCUUAAAAGAAAAAGAUGCACCAGGCAGUUGUUGCUGUCAAGAGGUUAAACGUUUAUUUUUAAAUGCUGAAAGCGUAGUUUAUGGUUUCUAAUAGAAUUUUCACUUUUUUCCAGAUAAAUGCAUUUGAAAUAACUCUUUAACACCCCCCUCCCCUUUUCUUAAGAUUUUAUUUUUAGUAUAAUUGCCCUGAGAUGAUUGUGCUUAGCUGGACACUUUCAGAUUUGACUUUCCUUCUCUGGUUAAAUUCCAGAUUUUGUGGUGUUAUAUGUGACUUGCAGCUGUGAAACAAAUAUUUAUUUUUUUUAGAUUUUUAAAUGCAGUGAAAAAAUUCAAGCUAUAAUAAAAGACUUGAAUGAAAACCUUUGUUGGUUGAUGUGUAUGGAUGCUUGCAUCAGGUAUAUUUCUUCAACUGGAGGGCAGCUUUUGCAUGCAUUAAAUCUAGGGUACAGCGAGGAUACCAAGAUCUCACUUGAAAAGCAGGGAAAUUAAUUUACUGUAAUAAAUUGUAUAAUGUGCAGUUUCUGUGCUGGCAGUACACAAAACAGUACAGUUAAAAUCAUUCUUUUUUCCUUAACACUGUGUUUUUACAGCUUUCUCAUGCAAAUUCUAGUAAAUUCUUUGUAUGCAGCCCAUAUUCCGUCUUUUCCAACACUUGUUACCUGGCUGGGAAAUUCUCCCUCUUGUGAAAAAAUAAGGAACCAACAAAUACUAAACCAGCUUAAUCUUAAUAUACAUGGAAGAAAGAAAAGGAGAAAAGAAAAAGAAAAAGUAUUAUGCCUUCGUUUUACCAGUGCAGUUACUGUUGAUUGAAACUGCCAUGGCAAUUACUUCAUGUUGCUGCAGAAGUUUCUCCAGCAUCAGCAAGACACAUUUAAGAACCCACUGGCAGAGCAGGGCUAGGACUCGCUUUCCUUGGGACAGCAUUCACCUGAGACUUUCUUUUUGCAAUUUUGGCCUGGGUUUUGUCCACCUCUCCAAGAAGUGGAGUUGGGUCCUACAGAGCAUGAUGGUAUUUGCUAAGCGCUCCUGAUUAUCUUACAGGUGUUAGCUCAGGCUGUGCAGUGAGACAGGUGCCCUGUUGCAGAACAGACGUUAUCCACGUAAGAAGGUAAAAGGCUUUUAUGUAGUACUAGAACAAUUAAUAGUCAUUAUAUUGCUUCUGUCAAGCAGUUUAAUACUCUCUGCAAUACUUGUGUUGCUAUUAAGUCUAUUAACAGUCAUAACAGCCCUGUGAAGGAUCUCUGCAUGAGUCACUUCAGUGUUUCCUCUGUCUGGAAAAAGGAGGGCAGCAGGAAGUACUUUCUCUGUCUCAGGUCAAGUAUCAUUUUGCAUAAAAUAUUUGAUGUGUGCAUCAUGUGAGAAAGGAAGGAAAAAACAUCCCUUCCAUUCUGUGAGUACCUAAAAUAGCCGUAAGUGUUAAUGAAGAAAGCCUAGGGCCUUCCCCUUGUCAAAUCUCCAAUUAAACAGGAAAGCUUGCGUACCACCUUUUUUACAAGGAUAAUGUGAGCAACUAGGGGAUAGUAGUUUGGUCUGCAGGGGGAGUUUUUUACAGUAAUUAAAAACCUUCAAGUAAAGUAUUUUUAUUUCAUAAUUAGAUUAGCAUUUUGAUAAAGAUUCAGAAUUAUCACUGAAGAAUGCUGGUUGUGUGUCUAGUUGUAUCCGUCUCCAUCAUGGUUAGUAAAGGAUGACUUGUCAUAGUGCAGUCACGUGCUGGAUUUACUGCACCUGUGACGUUAGUACAGGGCUGAAGACUGAAUUUGCAGGACAUAACUACACAGGUUACUUCAAUUAUGCGUAUAGCAGAAGUUUGUCGCUCAUUUUCCAGGGAAAAUGUAAGAACGCUGUUGCGCUGCGCCAGUGUAGAACUUAAAGCAGUGAGCCUGGCUUAAGCGUAAUGACUUGUCUCCUUUGGCACUUUAUGGGAGUUACUACUACUAAUGUUGUUAUUAAUGUAGAGCAUCAAGCUAUGGUAUUCCCUGCAAGAAGGCUUAUACACUACUUUAAAAAGGACUUUAAUUCAUUGCACUGCUCUCUGCUGCAAUAAACUUGAUUUAUCAGGAAUAAAUGAAGUUUAAUGUAAUCAAACAGAAACCACUAUAAAAGCGAGCCCUUUAAAUAAAGGCACAUGAGGUUCUGCAGCUAAGACAAAUACAGAAUAAAAGCUUUCUUUUAAUAAUACAGUUUUCAGCAUGAUAGACUGGUAUAUUGUGAGCACCAUAAAAAUGGUUGUGUUGACUUUCUCCAUUGUGCAACUGGAACUGUGUACUUGUGUGUACGAAGUACAGGUGUCUACUCAGUUGUUGAGGGGGAAGAAAAAGAGGAAGAACAAAAUCUGUCUGACUGUUCCUGUUGCUUACCAAGUGGAUGUUGCAUAAUUGAGGCUAUGUGGGUGCAGCAGCGCUUGAGUACUCCGGGAGCUGCCGCUAGUGUCUGCACAAGGCUGAGGCUGUCCGCGGGCAAGAGAUCUACUUGAAAGUUUGAUUCCUCAAGACUUCUCAUUCACUUGCAACAAGACCAGGAAGAAGACAAGCAAAUCUCAAAUUUAACAACAGCAGUUUGAGGAGCUAUGCCUACUGUAGCCUAUCUGGACUUCUUUUCCCUGCUUUUCCCAGUAAGAAGUGUUCCUCUACUCCAUCACUGAGAAACACAUGCACAGAAAUACUGACUGCAGCAAUGUUUGGUCAAGUGCUAAAUAGAUUAUUAAAAUUAAUACUAUAAACUCUUACAAGAA